CUUUAUCUUAACCUUUACUUCCUCUAAGAAGUAACAAUGCUGCACAUAUCCGGAUUCACUACUAGAAGACUACUACAACACUGGAACAUUACCUGCACAUCUGCAGUAAGACUGCACCAGGUGUCUGUUCAGACUUUAAAAAGAUCCCAAAGGCAGCUCACCUGUAAGAACAGAUCUGGAAGCUCUGGUCUGCAUGUUUUACCUGUACCUGUAGGGAGAGGUGUAUUCCAGCUCCCCCAUGCCAGACUAGGACUAGCUUUUUGGGGACAAUGCAGGACUCCCAAUCAUUGUGCCUUCUACAGUACUUCUGCAAGUUCCAAACAAGCAGCGGAUCAAAGUCAAAUCAAGACCAGUGAGAAACCUGAGCGACUGUCUUCAGAUGAUCUGAAAAAGUUACUGGAACUUACUCAUCCAGAGCGUUGGAGACUGACAGCUGCUGUCAGCUUCCUGGUUGUCUCCAGUGCUAUUACCAUGUCUGCUCCAUUUUUCUUGGGUCAAGUGAUCGACACAGUGUACACAAACCCAUCUGCAGACUUCACUGGCUCGCUGACCUCGCUGUGCAUUGUGUUGGCAGGAGUCUUUUUGUGUGGCGGUGCCGCCAACGCUGCACGCGUCUAUCUCAUGCAUAUCUCAGGGCAGCAGAUUGUGAGAAACUUACGGGAAUCACUUUUUUCCUCAAUUUUGAGGCAGGAGGUUGGAUUCUUUGAUAAGACUCGCACCGGUGAGCUGGUUAACCGCCUCUCGGCAGACACAGCUCUGGUUGGACGGGCGCUCACUGACAACUUGUCUGAUGGCCUGCGAGCAGUUGCUCAAGCUGCAGCUGGAGUUAGCAUGAUGUUCUAUGUGUCACCCAGCCUUGCCACCUUUGUGCUGAUGAUUGUACCUCCUAUGGCUGGUUUCGCAGUUAUCUAUGGCAGAUACUUGCGUUCCAUAUCCAAACAAAGACAGGAUUCUCUGGCAGAGGCUACACAGCUGGCAGAAGAGCGGAUAAGUAACCUGCGGACGGUUCGGGCAUUUGGAAAAGAACUGACAGAGGUGCAGAAGUAUGCUGAGAAGGUUGACCAUGUCCUGCACCUGGCUAAAAAGGAAGCUCUUAUAAGUGCAGCAUUCUUUGGACUUACAGGUCUGAGUGGAAACAUGAUCAUCCUGAGUGUGCUGUAUAAAGGCGGCCUACUGAUGGCUAGUGAACACCUGACUGUGGGAGAGCUGUCCUCUUUUCUUAUGUAUUCCUUCUGGGUUGGCAUCAGCAUCGCUGGCUUUAGCUCAUUUUAUUCUGAGCUGAUGAAGGGAUUUGGAGCUGGUACUCGCCUGUGGGAGCUGAUGGACCGGAAGCCUGAACUUCCUUUAAAUGAUGGACUUGUAUUAAGACCAGAACAGCUGAAAGGAGCCCUAGAGUUCCAUAAUGUGUCCUUUUCUUACCCAAUGAGGAAGGAUGCACUUGUCUUUCAGGACCUGAGCCUGUCUGUACCAGCUGGCUCAGUUAUGGCAGUGGUGGGCCCUAGUGGCUCAGGAAAAUCUACUCUGGUGUCUCUUCUGCUUCGUCUUUAUGACCCUGACUCAGGUGUUGUAACUAUAGAUGGCCAUGACAUUCGGGAUUUAAAUCCUUCUUGGCUACGGAGUAAUAUUGGAACUGUAAGCCAGGAGCCAGUUCUUUUUUCCUGCUCUAUAGCUGAGAACAUUGCUUAUGGAGCAACAGAUUCCAGUCAGGUCACAUCACAGGACAUCCUCCGAGCAGCACAGAUAGCUAAUGCUCAUGAAUUCAUAAAUAAAUUCCCCAAGGGUUUCGACACUGUGGUUGGAGAGAAAGGUGUUCUACUUUCAGGUGGACAGAAACAAAGAAUCGCCAUUGCAAGGGCGCUGCUAUUGAAUCCCAAGAUACUGUUGUUAGAUGAAGCGACAAGUGCUUUGGAUGCAGAAAAUGAGUAUUUGGUACAGGAGGCUUUAGACCGUCUGAUGCAGGACCGCACAGUACUCAUCAUUGCUCACCGUCUCUCCACCAUCCAGAAUGCUGAUGCUGUUGCUGUGCUGGAUGACCGGCGUGUGGUAGAAUGUGGCCGCCAUGCUCAGCUUCUCAACAACAGAGAUGGGCUUUUCCGCAAACUCAUCGAGAAACAAGCUUUUUUACAGGCUGAACAUAAAAAGGUUAUUUCCUCAUAAAACAUAUAUAUAGAAUAUAUAUCUAUAUUUAUUA